GCCGCGCAUGCGCACAGUUGGCGCCACAUCCGGGGCCCGCGCGGUUGCCAUGGCAGCGGGGUCGCGGCGGGCGCGCGGACAGGUCUUGAGGUGGCGGGCCAGGCGGCCCGCGGAGCCCCGGAACCGGACCGCCGCGCCCGCGGCGCCACAGCCAUGUCGCUGGGCACCGGGGAUCCGGCUUCGGAGACGGGAGAUGACAGUCUGUCGGCGAUUACCUUCGACUCCGACUUUGAGACAGUCAGUCUCCCCGUCGCUGCCCUCACCCCCCACCCUGAGCAGCCAGGGUUGGGCCGGGUGUGGGACUCACCUGCUGCUCCCGGUUCUCCUUUCUUCCAGAAAACAAAGAGGAAAAGUGGCCACAAACCUCUACCCACAUCUCCCAAGUCGCCGUAUUACUGCAAGCCGAGGACCGCGGCCAGCGGGCGGCCCCCGAGGACGGCGGCGAGCAUGCCCCUGGGAAGCAGGACGCCUCUGACACCGCAGAGGCUGUGGCUGGGAAGUGCCAAGCAAGGUCUCGCCCCGGGGACGCCGGUCUACAGAGAGAAGGAGGACAUGUAUGACGAGAUCAUGGACUUGAAGAAGUCGCUGCACAUGCAGAGAAGCGAUGCGGACCUGCUGAGGACGAAGCUCCGGCGCCUCGAGGAGGAGAACAGCCGGAAGGACCGGCAGAUCGAGCAGCUGCUGGACCCGUCCCGAGGCCCGGAUUUUGUGUGGACUCUGGGAGAGAAAAGGCCGGACGCUGGCUGGGUCAUCAAUGGGCUGAAGCAGAGGGUCCUGCGGCUGGAGCAGCAGUGCAAGGACAAGGACAGCACCAUCAGCAAGCUGCAGGCGGACAUGAAGACCACGAGCUUGGAGGAGAUGCGGAUCGUCAUGGAGACGUGCUACGAGGAGAUCCACCGCCUCCAGACGCUGCUGGCGAGCUCGGAACCGUCGGGACGGAAGGCCGCGGGGGAGCGGAAGGCCGGCCUGCGGCGGCAGCGGAAGCUGAGCGGUGCGCUGCUGAGCCUGUCCCGCAGCGUGCAGGAGCUCACCGAGGAGAACCAGAGCCUGAAGGAGGACCUGGACCGCGUGCUCAGCAGCUCGCCCACCGUCGCCCAGACCAAGGGGUGUGUGGAGUGGAGCAAGCCCCGGCUGCUGCGGCGGAUCGCGGAGCUGGAGAAGAUCAGGUCGCUGGAGAGCCCCCCGCCGCAGGCCCCAGACGGGGGCCGGUCCGAUGCCCUGGCGCUCUGCGUGUCCAGCACGUGGGGGCACCGGCAGCCGCGCCCCGAGCCCCAGGAGGACGGCGAGCGCCACCAGGACAGCGAACGCCAGGAGGACAGCGAGCGGCUCCGGGGCGCCCUGCGGAGCCUGAAGGGCGAGCGGAAGGCCCUGCGGGCCCAGCUGCAGGAGAGAGACCUGGAGGUGAGGCAGCUGCUGCAGGCCAAGGCCGACGUGGAGAAGGAGCUGGAGGAGGUGCGGCGAGGAGAGGAGGCCAGGCGAGCGCGGGAGGCGGCCCUGAGAGAGGAAAUCCAAGCACUGACCUGGAAGUGUCAGGGCCUGCAGGCAGCGAAGGAGGCAGAGGAAGACGACCCCACGGAGGGGACCCCUGAGGCCCCGGAGGAGCCCGGGCCUGGGCCUGCCGGCAGUCCCUCUCCACAGCACUCGGAGCCCGGCGCCAGCGAGGACAGCCCGUCCCAGCCCUGCGCCUGCUCCGAGCAGCGGAGACACGCGGCCGCCAGCACCCUGCAGGCCCGGUGGAAGGUGUACAGGCGCCAGAAGAGGGAGGCCGCGCUGGACGAGGUGAGCAGGUUUGGUUCCCCGAUGGCAGAACAGGCGGCCACGGUGCUCCAGGCGGCCUUCCGCGGACACCUGGCUCGGGCGAGGCUGUUGGCGAGCCCAGCGUGUGGUCCCGGACCUCCCAGUGUGCCCGGCCUCCCCAGCCAGAGCCCUCCCUCACCCCGCCCUCCGAGCCCCGUUGUCCAGGCUGAGGGCGACCCCAGGCAGGAGGCGGCUGUCACCCUCAUCCAGUCAGUCUUCCGGGCGCACCUGGCACGGGUCAGGCACAGGACCGGGGCGCUCCCUGCAGCCUCUACCAGAUCGCCUGUUCCGGCCACACUCAGCGCACCCUCCCCGCCAGCCCCCCCUGUGGCGCCUGCUGGUCAGGAAGACGGUGAAGUGAGUGGCGGGGACGCCAUGGAGGGCCCAGCCCCGCAGCCCUGCCCUGCCGAGCCCCCUCCCUCGUCUGCGCCCUGGGAAGACGUCUCCUCGGACGACUCGGACGAAGUCAUCAUGGCUCCAGCUCUGCCCGCGAAGAGAAGCCCCUCCCUGCCCCCCGCCCUGGGUCCCUGCGGGCGCGCCGCACACGGAGACGCUCUGUCCGCGGAGAGCUAGGUCAGCAGGACAGAGCCGCUGGAGGACAGGCCCCGACACUGGGAGUCACUUACCUUUAGGGAAAGAACAGGACCUGCCCUCCCUCGGCACCUCCGGCUUCUCGUGUGGCUGGUUUGUGUGAGGUCCGAGCGCCUCCCCUCCACCCCUACCCCCCGUGGGGCCGGUGGUCGCCGCUGCCCGGUGCCCCGUGUCCACAGGGUGGCGUCAGGGCCGGGAGCCACCUUGGCCUGAAGGAAGCUUUUGCACCAUCUGUGGGCUCGAGCCCCCCCUCCCUCCCGCUGCUGGCGCUCGGUGCUGCCCGAGCCUCGCGUUACCCGCUGGGCCUGUCCCGGUGCAGAGCCGGGGGCAGGAAAGCCCCGGCAGGUGCUGCAUGAUUCCGAGGCGCCCUCCGCCCAAAGCCGGCCUCUGCGAGGCUGUCCCUCCGGGAGCUCCAGGCGAUGGGCCCAGCGGGAGCCUCCGGGGCUGGAGGGCAGGCCCUGCCGAGGGGGCGGGCAGGCUCCGGGGCAUCCAGAGGCCUGGCCACGGGCAGAGCUGGGAAGGGAAGGGCGGGACGAGCCCUGGACUGGUGUCCUGGGCAUGUGGAUGUGUGUACGUCCUGGGCCCAGCACUGCUGGGCUGCUCCACGCACGCGGCCUCGCUGCUGCCCCAGCACACGCCGCGCCUCCCUGACGGCCGUGCAGCAUGCAGCCUGCCUGUGGCCCUCAGACCCUGCGACUCUUCCCCGGGGAUGCCCCUGCCCCUGCCGGGCGCGCGUGCCGGGCUCAGCCUAGGCUGGGAACCAGGGCCCGCCUCCCGCGUGCUGCCAGACUGGCCCCGCUGCUCCCGCACCCAGGUGGGCGCCAGCAGUGAGGCCCCCCGGGGGCAGGGGCAGGGCCAGGUGAGGGAGCAGGGCCUGCGUGAGCCUGGGGAGACUGGACAAGGCCCAGGAGCAGGGAUGUGGCCUCAGUGAGCGCCAGCGGCCCAGGUCCUGCGUGUCCAGGGUGGGGGGAGGGGUGGCUCUGGGCCAUUUCCCUGCAGCCCCUGCGCAUCACCUCGCACUUGACAGCGAGCACACCUGCCUCCCCAGACCCUGACCUGGCAGUGACACCAUCGGCCUGCGGACCUGUGGGGGCACCUGUCGACACGGCCGAGUGCAGGGGGACCCCCCCUCAGGCUCCAGGGCACCCCCCUCAGGGCCCGGCUGGCUGUCUAUCCCACAGGGUCACCGUUAGCUCACAUCCCCCCUCCCACACGGACAGACUACGGACUCGACUCGGGGAGGCGGGCACUGGCGGGAAGUGGCCCCAGACUCGGCAGGAAGAGGAGGGGCUGACGCCAGGGCGCAUGUGGGGCUGCAGGGUUUGUGCAGUGUGUGGUCCCCCAGUGGGGGGGCGUGGCUGGGACGGCCUGGCCACCAGGCCCCAGGCCUCCAUGCGUGGGCCCUGGAUGUCGCUGUGCUGACCAGGGCUCAUCCCUGUGGGCAGGAGGGACGGACAUGGCCCUGAUGCAGGCGUUGCUGUGCCGUCCUGGAGGAGGAAGGGCCUGGGCGCCGGGAGAGGCAGGUGCCCAGCCCGGCUCUGCGGCCUUAGAAAGCCCAGCUGAGCCCAGGACGCCCUGGGAGCGGUGGCACCUGUCCUCGGGCUCUGAGGACCUGAGAGCGACACAGACCUGCUGGGCCCCGCCUCCCGCCUCCAGCAGCUGACCGCCCCUCGUGCUUCCUGAAGACCCCAGGAGUCCCCUCUGAAUGUGGCCCUGGGCGGUUGAGUGGGCGGGUCCCUGGCUGCACCUCGUUGCUGCGAGGCUCUGGGGAGCGGGAGUCCCCUCUGCUCCUGCUGCCGGCCUUUGUGAAUAAACGCAGUUUGCAGCGU